AGAGGAAAUCUCCUGUGCAGUACAUCAGUCAAUGAGCAUGGAUGGACGAGAAUAUGGAUUUAUAAUCCACAUACCAAACAGCGCGGCAGUUUGAUCCCCUUUAGGAGCAGGACUGUUUUAGAGAGCUUUGGAUUGGCAAGCUGUUUCUUUGGAGGGUCCCUGUCCAAGAAGGAGAGAGAGAGGGGGGGGGGGAAAUCUGUAAGCCCCGAGCCGAAGGCAGAUCCAUUUGGCCAUGGCAAACCUUCAAUACAUUCGGAACCAGAAUCCUCAUCUGAACCCUGAGGAAUACUUCACCAAAUUUGAUCGUAUUGGUAAAGGCUCUUUUGGAGAGGUCUACAAGGGCAUAAACAACCACACAAAGGAGGUGGUGGCCAUUAAGAUUAUUGACUUAGAGGAGGCAGAAGAUGAGAUCGAGGACAUCCAGCAGGAGAUCACUGUACUCAGCCAAUGUGAUAGCCGUUAUAUCACUAAAUACUAUGGCUCCUAUCUGAUGGGGACUAAACUAUGGAUCAUCAUGGAGUAUUUAGGAGGUGGAUCGGCAUUAGACUUACUGAAGCCAGGGACUCUGGAUGAGGCAUACAUUGCCACCAUCCUCAGAGAGAUACUGAAAGGACUCUACUACCUCCACUCAGAAAAGAAGAUUCACAGAGAUAUCAAAGCGGCCAAUGUGUUGCUAUCUGAACAUGGUGAAGUGAAGCUGGCAGACUUCGGAGUGGCCGGCCAGUUGACAGACACACAAAUUAAGAGGAACACAUUUGUAGGUACACCAUUUUGGAUGGCACCAGAGGUUAUCAAACAGUCUGCAUACGACUUCAAGGCUGACAUCUGGUCAUUGGGUAUCACAGCCAUUGAGCUGGCUAAAGGAGAGCCCCCAAACUCAGAACUUCACCCCAUGAGAGUCCUGUUCCUCAUCCCUAAAAAUAACCCCCCCACCCUGGAGGGCUCCCACAGCAAGGCCUUUAAGGACUUUGUUGAAGCUUGUCUCAAUAAAGAUCCACGAUUUAGACCAACAGCCAAAGAGCUGCUUAAACACAAAUUCAUCACCCGCUACACCAAGAAAACCUCAUACCUGGCUGAGCUCAUUGAUCGAUACCGUCGCUGGAAGUCAGAGGGUCACGGAGACAAAUCAAGCUCUGACGACUCUGACAUGGAAGGAGAGGAGGAUGACAGGGACCAGUGUCCCAUGUGGACUUUCCCCACUGUACGGCAAAAUUCUUUGAAGAAGUUACAGAGAGGCCUCAAUCAUUCAGACAAUAAGACAACAGAUGUAAUGAAGAGGCAGCCAAAAUCACCGUCCCUGACCACUUACAUUACGCCCAUCUUCAGAGAGCUGAAAGAGAAGCGACGUGUAAGUGGUAGUGGCGAGUGUGCGCUGGAGGAGCUGGAAAAUGCAUUGAACCUCGCUGAAGAGUCCAACCCUGGAAUCUCUGACCGAUUACUCUAUCACGUCAUGGAGAGAGUGUGCAGUUUUUCAGGUGAUACAGAUUCUAUGCUAUAAGAUAUUGUACUGCACUGUGGCAGUUGCAUGCGGUACUGAAUCUUCUGCAGCGGUGAACUGAGACUUGCUUUGUCUCGAACUCGCAGGUUUACACUCAAUGGAAACGGCACGCCUUCGAUGCAUUGAGGUCCGUCUGACUGCUCCCAGGUCAGCCUUUCCCAAUGGAAAGACUAAAUUGAUCCCUCCCCACUCCCAUUUCCCUCCUCCUGAGCCAGUGCUCUAUGCCCACCUGCUAGUGACCACCAUUCUUUCCAUUAAAGCUUAUAUGAUGGGGGAUUUUUAAGGUUCCCUUUAGAGCUUUGAAAUGUAGAAUAUGAAUGACAAACUAAGUUUGUGUAUUCCAUAAAAUGAUAAAGUACAUUUAACUACAAUAAAUA